GCGCCGGCAGCCGCGGCAGUUUCUGAUUAAGGCGGCGGCGGCGGCGGCGGCGGCGGGAGGGGAGAGAGCGCGAAGCCUCCCUCGCUCCCCGGCCUCUUUCCGCGGUGGCCGCGCUUGGGCUCACUGCGCGCACGGCACGUUGGAGCCAUGAAGGAAAGCCUUCAAGACAAGAAGUAUUGGGGGGCUCCUCCCAGCCUCCAUGACCCCAUGGGACAUCAAGACCAGUUUUGCAGGGCUUCCCAGGAAUGGAGCGAACCUGAGCAUAAACGUGGCGGUUGCUUUGAGGGGAGCAGGCGCUUGGCCUGUGCCAAGAAACCACUCCCGAGUUUUGACCCCUUGUCCUCCAGCAGCGAUGAGGAGCGAGAAGGCAAAUGGGGUCUCUCCUGCAUGUCUAGCUGGGGCGUGGCGGGGGGGCCUUCGGAGCUCUCCCGGAACAAAGCCGGCAGGGGGAAGAUUGCCAGGAGCGGGGGGCGCUCCUGGUCCUUUGAAGUAGGGACCGGCUCUCAUUCCAGGAGGCGUCCGCAGCUGCCAGGGACCUCCAGGCGCCAUUGUUUCCGCCCCCAGCGACAGCGUGCCCUGUGGGCCUACCGGAUGUUCCUGUUUUGGAAGAGGUCCUCCCUGUCUUUCCAAUGGAAGCUUUGGGGCAAGAUGGCUGCCAAGGGGCGCCGACGAGGAGGGGCAAAGCGGGCCCGGUCAUCCAUGUCUCUCUCCCCUGGCUCCCAGCCAGAUGAUGACCACCUUCCUCUCUAUAGGAAAAGCUGCCCUUUGGCGGGAGAGGAGGAGGACUGCCAAAGCGGGGCCAAGGGCCUGCCCCACCCUGCUGGCUACAAGCCACGCUCCUCUGAGCUCCACCUGGACUACGAAUUGGGGGGAGCCUUUCCCCCGUCCCCGUCCACGCCUCAGCCCUCCCGCCUCAGCUUGCUGGGAGCCCUGAUGGAGGAUGCUCCCUCCUACCCUCAGUACGUGGAGCUGCAGCGGGUGAGCUUUGACAAGGACGCUGGCGCGAUGGACGUCGAGGAAGAAGAACCCGCCACUCUGCUCAAGUGCCCUGCAAGGGGCGCCCAAGCUUCCCCCCGGACUAGGAAGAUGGGGGAGCUGGAGCACAGCCUGGACGGAGAUGGAGACCCUCUGGAUGCUCUUCCCAAUGGCUUUGCUUCUCUCCCCCCUGAUGGGGACCUCUGCUCCCUGCCCGGAGUCCCAGGCGCCACCAUCCUCAUCAGCAACGUCUGUAGCAUCGGAGGCCGCGUGGCCGAGGAACUUUUCCAAGGCCCCCGGGACAAGGACAGGCUGCUGGAUCCUUCGGCCGUCAGGCUCGAAGCAGGGAGUCAGCAGGCGGAUUCAGCUCCUGAGGAUGCUGAAGAGAGGUUGGGCGAGAACGCGGCUCAGCACAGUCUUCUGCGGGAAGAACACAUUGCCUGUGUGCACAAUAUUUUGGAUGAAUUCCUGCAGACGUACGGCAGCUUAAUCCCCAUCAGCGUGGACGAGGUUGUGGAAAAGCUGGAGGACAUCUUCCAGCAGGAGUUCUCCACCCUGCAGAGGAAAAGCCUGGUGAACCAGCUGAUCCAGUCCUAUCAACGCAUGCCAGGCAACGCCGUGGUACGGACCUUCCGCGUCACUUACAAGCGCCACGUUGUCACCAUGGAUGACCUGCAGACACUUUUUGGGUCAAAUUGGCUCAACGACCAGGUUAUGAACAUGUACGGGGAUCUUGUUAUGGACACAGUGCCAGAAAAGGUUCACUUUUUCAACAGUUUUUUCUACGAUAAGCUACGAACCAAGGGGUACGAGGGAGUGAAGCGCUGGACCAAAAAUGUGGACAUCUUCAACAAGGAGAUACUUCUGAUCCCCAUCCACCUUGAGGUCCACUGGUCACUGAUCUGUGUGGAGGUGAAGCAGAAGAAGAUCACUUACCUGGACUCCCAGCGCACCCUCAACCGGCGGUGUCCCAAGCACAUCUGCAGGUACUUGCAAGCGGAGGCAGACAAGAAGAACCGCCCCGACUUCCGAGAGGGCUGGAAAGGGGUCUUCCAGAUGAACAUCGCCAGACAAAACAACGACAGUGACUGCGGAGCCUUCGUCCUGCAGUAUUCCAAAUUCCUGGCGCUGGGCCUCCCCUUCACGUUCACACAACAGGACAUGCCGAAACUCCGCCGACAGAUGUACAAGGAGCUCUGCCAUUGCAAACUCAUUGCAUGACGGCCCAUCCACGCCCCGCUCCCCCUCCCUCCCCCCCCCACCUCCUCGGACAGAGCGGAUCCGGAGCAGCAGCCCGGGGGCACCUCUUCGUCCGGCCAAGGGGCAGCUCUGGACCUCAUCGGGUUUCAGGCAGAGACGAGGGGACUCUUGAGGUUUGAUAAACCGGACUUACAUGGGAGGGAGGCCUUUUUUUACCCAAGUUGCCGCCCCACAAACACCCUCCUCCUCUUUUUUUCGUUUUGGUCUUUUUGUUUGAUUUUUGUUCAUAUUUAAACCCAGGACAGGGUGGCAUUUCGGUUGUUUCAUUUCGGAAGGGGGGGAGGAUUGGGGGGGUUG